ACAACGAUUUUACUCGAGACGAAGUUUCUAGCUCGACUUCUUCAGCUUUCAAGCCGAAAUCUCUCAGUCUCUGGAUGCUGCUCUCAAGGUUCAAUGUCCGUUCAUUUUCGCCUACGCACGGGCCACAAUAUCCGUUCGUUGCGUUGGCGUUGUGAAACUCGACCUCUUCGUUUGUCUGGCAGCUGUUGCUCCGUUCUCCAACUCAAGAGCUCACACUGAACAAAGAGAUAACCUCUCGCCACUCAUCCAUGGCAUUUCGACGAUUCCCCCCAACUUGCGUUCUGGAGGUGGAGAGGAAAUUUCGCUCGUUUGCAGUCCCCAAACUGACCCGAUGCGGCGGCAUUCCUCAUUUCAAAAGCCUACAGAAGCUUCCAAUCCAAACAAUACGCGACUCUUACUACGACAAAUCGAAUCUCCUCUCGUUGGCUGGAGCCUGGAUCCGGAAAAGAGACGGGCAGUGGGAAGCCAAAAUAAAAAAGGGCGGAUCCUUCACAAAUUCGAGAUUCGAAGAGCUCAACAAUGUCGACGACAUCUCGGCGUACAUCAAACGCACCACUGCCAUCGACGAUACUGCGGCACAAAACUUUGGUCUUGAUCCCAUUGCGGCCUUUUGCACUACGCGUGAAUCGUGGAUAGCCGACGACGAGUUCCAUAUUGUGCUUGAUACCAUGGACUUUGGCCACCAAGUUGGGGAGGUCGAGCUGCAAAAGUCCUUACCGGGGGAAUCGACUGAGCAGCAAAAACAAGAUGAAAUGAAGGUGAUGGAUGAGAGGGUAGCUGCCUUUAUGAAGAUGUAUGCAUGGGCGUUUUCCGCAGGCCAGCCAAAGGGCAAAUUGACGGCAUAUUUUGAGCGUCAGCAGAGAGACUCUGUAUGAGAGAUGGAAAGGUGCCGAAUCACGG